UUCGCGAUAUUUUUUGGUGCGCAUGAGAGUUGCAAUUACACGGCAUAAUACACGCCGAACAGGCCUAUAAGCUAUAGCUAGGUCUAGAGCAGUGAAGCUGGAAACACUCUGAUCAAGUCUUCACUCCAUCUUAGCUACCUUCUGGAGCUGAACCACUGAUAUGUCUACAGCUGCUGAGGAACAGUCAGAAAAGGCCGCUUCCGAAUCCAGAAAGCGUCGGAUAGAUGAGCUCCUCAACGUGCUCGACUCGCCCAAAGCGCAUGAUCCUACAGUAGUCCAUAAGAAGCGAUCUUCCUCUGUUGCUUACAAUCCACGGUCUCGCGAACAAUUGCUCAGCAGGCUGGCUACCUUUAAACUCUACAGAUACCACUCUCUUGCCAGCCCCAUCAGUGCCAUCAAUCUGUCGCGCAGUGGUUGGACGCUCGAUCGGCGCCAGGUCGAUCAAUGCAGCAUUGUCUGUGUCUGUUGCAAGGCUAUGCUCACGUUUCUCUUGGGGCAGGCCAAAGUCUCCGCUGCGCUCGAAAAGCGGUAUGCAGAGCUGUCUGUCUCGACUCAUCGAUCAGAUUGUCCCUGGCAGUCAAAGAGUUGCUCAAUACGGCUCCUCGCUCUCAAGUUUGAUAACAUCAAGAAAGCAAUUGAGCAGUAUGAAGAACGGCAAAAUCUUGUUUCUAAGGUGUCGAAUAUGGUCUGCAGUCUACAAGGCCUUUCACAAGCAGAUCAGGAGGGGGUUGAAAGUUUGACGGGGCCCUCUGACUGCGCUGCGCUCUUGGGCUGGUCUAUCGAGAGGCAAAAUGCCGUGUCCAUGGCCAGAUGUCAAGAUUGUCUGAGACGCGUCUUGAUUCGCGAAGAACCGUUCAAGUGUGUGCAGGAGCACUAUGACUUUUGCCCGUGGAUCAACGCGUCUGCACAAGGCGGUGAGCCUGCCUGGGCAAAGCUGGCACAUAUUCUCAGAGACCAGCAAAGCAUCAAUGAUGAAGCGCAACGCAGUAUAGAGCCGGAAGCUCUGGGUGAACGACUGCAAAAGUUGAAGGAGCAGUUAAACCUCAAGAUGAGAGUCUUGUAAUCAUCAUGUGACGCUUGCUAUAUGGAUGAGCCUGACCUAUACCGCCGGCC